CUGACUGAAAUUAGUGCAAUGUCAUUUUGAAUCUGUGGUCAACAAUCGAGAUCGAAGACACAGUCUGAACUCGUCUUUCUUUCUAUAUAAUAUAGUAUAAUUAAAAGUGUUGACAAAGCCAAUAUGAAUAUCACAUCCGCAGCGGGGAUAAUAUCCCUCCUUGAGGAGCCAAUGCCGGAGUUGAAGGUCUUUGCCUUAAAUAAAUUGGAUAUGAUAGUUGAUGAGUUCUGGCCUGAAAUUUCAGAAGCCAUCGAAAAAAUCGAAAUACUUCACGAGGACAAAAGCUUCAAUCAACAUGAGCUUGCCGCUUUGGUUGCCAGCAAAGUUUAUUACCACCUCGGAAGUUUCGAAGAUUCUCUCACUUAUGCUCUCGGCGCUGGAGAACUGUUUGAUGUCAAUGCUCGCAACGAGUACGUUGAUACGACAAUAGCGAAAUGCAUCGACUUUUAUACCCAACAACGAGUGUUGGAAGCCGAGGGAAAGUUACCUGUGGGCAACAAAGGCAUAGAUCCUAGACUGGAGGGCAUUGUCAACAGAAUGUUUCAACGAUGUCUUGAUGACAAUCAGUACCGGCAAGCAUUGGGACUUGCUCUUGAAACCAGGAGAAUGGACAUUUUUGAAGCUUCCAUCAUGCAAUCUGACGACAUCAGCGGUAUGCUCUCGUAUGCCUUCCAAGUGGUGAUGAGUCUAAUCCAGAAUCGUGGCUUCCGCAACACUGUUUUGCGUUGCUUGGUGUCGCUCUACCGGAAUUUGGGCACUCCCGACUACGUCAACAUGUGCCAGUGUCUGAUUUUCCUGGACGAUCCGCUGGCAGUGGCCGAGCUCCUCGACAGGUUGAGCAAGGGCUCGCAGGACUGCGUUCUGAUGGCCUAUCAAAUAGCAUUCGACUUGUACGAGUCUGCCACUCAGCAGUUUCUCGGUCGCGUUCUGCAAGCACUGCGCGCCACAGCUCCCAUUCCGGGUGCUCUCAUAAUUAAACCAAUUGUCAAGCCAACCAACGUCGUUGUCACCACCACUACCACCACCAGCAGCAGCAGCAGCAGCACGCCCGUCGUCGAUCCAGUCACUGAUUCCGUUUCUGCCACUCCUGCUGCCACCUCUGCUGCUGCUGCUGAAAGUGCGACAAAAGUCACGGAAGAAGCGGCGUCUCAGCAGCGAAGUAUAGAGAGCUUGAAUUCUGAAGAAAGGGAGCAGCAAGAGAGGGUCGAUGCCCUGUCGGGCAUUCUGGGAGGAGAAGUCUCAAUUGACUUGCAUUUGCAGUUCUUGAUUCGCAGCAACCACACCGAUAUGCUGGUGCUGAAAAAUACCAAGGACGCGAUUCGAGUGUCCAUUUGUCACACUGCCACAGUUAUCGCCAAUGCCUACAUGCACUCUGGCACGACCAGUGAUCAGUUUUUGAGAGAUAACUUGGAGUGGCUGGCUCGAGCCACCAACUGGGCAAAGCUGACUGCAACCGCGUCGCUGGGAGUGAUUCACAGAGGACACGAGCAGGAGGCUUUGGCGCUGAUGCAGUCGUACUUGCCCCGCGACACUGGUGCUGGCGCUGGCUACUCGGAGGGCGGUGGCCUCUACGCUCUGGGUCUCAUUCAUGCCAAUCAUGGCGCAGCCAUCACGGAUUAUCUUCUCGGCCAAUUGAAAGAUGCACAGAAUGAGAUGGUUCGUCACGGAGGGUGCCUGGGCUUGGGAUUAGCAGCCAUGGGAUCUCACAGGCAAGAUGUGUACGAGCAGUUGAAGUUUAACCUUUAUCAAGAUGAUGCAGUUACGGGAGAAGCAGCAGGUAUCGCUAUGGGAAUGGUCAUGUUGGGAUCCAAGUCCACUCAAGCCAUUGAAGAUAUGGUUGCAUAUGCACAAGAGACACAACACGAGAAAAUAUUGCGAGGACUCGCGGUGGGCAUAGCGUUCACGAUGUACGGUCGUCUUGAAGAAGCCGACCCGUUGGUGACGUCCCUCACUGCCGACAAAGAUCCUAUCCUCCGAAGAAGCGGCAUGUACACGUUAGCAAUGGCGUAUUGUGGCACGGGAAAUAACCAGGCUAUCCGCAAGUUACUUCACGUUGCUGUUUCGGAUGUUAAUGACGAUGUACGGCGAGCUGCAGUUACUGGUUUAGGAUUUCUUUUAUUUAGGACUCCAGAGCAAUGUCCCAGUGUUGUGUCCCUUUUGGCAGAAAGUUACAAUCCACACGUGAGGUAUGGGGCAGCCAUGGCCUUAGGGAUUGCCUGUGCUGGCACGGGAUUAAAAGAAGCGAUCGCGCUUUUGGAUCCCAUGACCAAUGAUCCUGUCAAUUUUGUGCGACAAGGUGCUCUAAUUGCAUCUGCUAUGAUCCUGAUUCAACAAACUGAGGCCACCUGUGCUCGCGUCAAAGAUUUUCGCGCUCUUUAUGCCAAAGUUGUCGUUGACAAACACGAGGAUGUGAUGGCAAAGUUUGGCGCCAUUUUAGCUCAGGGAAUCAUCGAUGCAGGUGGUCGCAACGUGACAGUUUCACUGCAAUCCAGGACCGGGCACACAAACAUGCUGGCAGUUGUUGGAGCCUUGGUUUUCACUCAGUAUUGGUACUGGUAUCCUCUGGCUCACUGCUUGGCUCUGGCUUUCACACCAACUUGUUUGAUAGCCCUAAAUGCUCAGUUAAAGAUGCCCAAAUUGGAAGUAAGAUCGAAUGCGCGUCCAAGUGUCUACGCUUAUCCUGCCCCAUUAGAAGAGAAGAAACGAGAGGAGCGAGAAAAAGUUACUACAGCCGUACUCAGUAUAGCAGCUCGUGCCCGAAGGAGAGAAUCCGAGAGGCGCGCUCGAGACUCUCAUGAAAAAAUGGACGUGGAUGUACCAACAACUGAAACAAAAGAAGCUGCAGAAAGUAAGGAUUCUGCGUCGAAAGAUAAGGAUGAAAAGAAAAAAGAUAAGGAGGACAAGGACUCAAAAGAGAAAAAAGGAAAGGAUGAGAAAGAGGAGAAACCCGAAAAGAAGGAAUCAGAGCCUACUUUUGAAAUACUUCAGAAUCCAGCACGAGUUCUGCGGCAGCAAUUGAAGGUAGUGCAGUUGGUCGAAGAUAGUCGUUAUGCUCCUGUUAAAGACAUUCAAAUAGGAGGAAUAGUCAUGGUGAAACACAUACAGUCGGGCAAGGAAGAGGAAUUGGUUGAGCCAGUGGCUGCAUUUGGUCCGAAACCAGAUGAAGAAAAAGAAGCUGAUCCUCCUGAGCCAUUCGAGUACACCGAAGAAUAGAGUGGAGAAAUUUUACGUAACAUACUCAGUCCUCCGGAAAACUUCUCAUGUGGUCGACUCGUCACACAUUCAGUAUAGUCAGUAUGUACAUGUAACAUUGCCAGUAUGCUGAUCUUUCGACAUUUUGCAAUAAAAAAUAUGAAUAAUGAAAA